AUGCACUUCACGGGUAAAGAAGAGCUUUCAGCUCAAGUUUCCGAAAUGUCUACAAGAGAUUUGCAGCUUCAGACGAUUGCCCUUCUGGAAAAGAUUGCGCGAUCGCAGGCGGCCUUGGAGAAGCGGGUCGAUGCGAUGGAGAAAAUGCUCUCAAACCGCGUCUCGCCCUCGGCUAUCCCGAGCUUCCCGCAGUUCCAACGACUGCCUCCCGAAAUUCGACAUCGUAUCUGGUCGCUGGCGUUGCCGACGAGAGCUCUCCGCCUGCACAAAUCGACAAAGGAUGCUUUCAAGCCAACGCUGCGACCGCCCGCAGUAGCGGAGGCUUGUCGCGAGGCGCGUGCUGUUGCGACGCAGCAUGGAGGAAUGGUGUGCCUGACCGGUUAUGCAAGGAGCCCGAAUGAUCAGGCAAGGACGUAUCGAACGUGGUUUGAUGCUCGUCAUGAUGUCCUGGAGCUGGAACGAUGGGUCUCACUCGAGGCGGAUGAACCGCGCGGUGUUAGAAGCCUCGUCCAGAGGGCACGGCACAUUCUCGCCCCUCGUGCGGAAGCAGAGUGGUUCGCUCAGUUAUUCCGAGAAGCGGGCUCGCUGAGGCAAGUCAGUCUAAAGUUCGACACCUCCAUCGCAAGCCGAUGUGCCUGGGACCCCAAUGUCAUAGGCGACCUUUUCGGGCGCGUCGAUACAGUACGGAUACUUGACCUCGAAGACGCAGAGGAGAUAGCGCGAUUCAAGGCCGCAUUGCGAGAGCAUUGGCAAUGUCCCUUCUUCUGCGGGUUUGACCUCGAAGGGUGGGCAGCUGCAAGGCCCACGAUGUCGGGAAGUCAUCGGGACGAAGACUGGAUGCAACGUUUAGACAAGACCUGGAUGAGUGAGAUGGCCAGAGGCUGGGUCAUGGCUAAGACAGGGACGACAGAAACGGAUGUUAACGAGAUGAAUGUGGAGGACGCUGAAGUUAGGACUGCGCUGGCAGCGAUGCCUGGAAUGAGGCUUGUAAGGGGAUAUCUGCUGGCUGAUGUUCAUACCACCCGUUAA